AUUUGACCCCUAGAAGUAUGAAUUCGCGGACUGUACAAUUCUUGGUGAUUUUGCGUACAUAAGCUAUCUAUGCUCUUUUCCAAAUAACCUUAUUCGAUGUGUUCUUACGAUACCUUACCCUCCUUCAAGCGUAUCUUCUGCCAACCUUUUCCUAACAUUAAGAUAAUCUUUCCAUUCUUCAAGCAUACAAUUCUCCCAUGUUUUACUACGCUUUUCUCCACCUGAUCUCCAUUACCAUAUCUCCCACCUUUCGCCCAACAUUGUUUUUAAAAAAAGACAACAACAUUUGCCAAAAAGUACAAAUAAUUCAAGCAGUGAAUUCAAUCGUUAAAAUACUGAAAUUAACGUUUUUCUUGUAGACGUUGUUGCUGAAUACAAAAAUAAAAUAUUAUAUGUAUGUAUUUGAAAAUAGGUAAACAAUCUCUUUCUUUCUUUUCCCACAGUAUAACCCAUAAAAUCCUGAAAAAGACGACGACAUUUGUGUGUAUAUGAUGUUUUUGAAAGCAAUUGCUAUGGUGUAUGUUAACUGGACUAUUUAAAUCAUAACUUAAGUCUGCUGUCGUCAACCUAUUCCACAGUUUAACGGUUACCACUGUAUUCCACAGUUUAACGGUUACCACUGUAUUCCACAGUUUAACGGUUACCACUGUAUUUUUUGUCCCUUUACCUUCAUUAAACAACCCCUCUGAAAUAAAUAAAGAAAGAAGUAUUGCGAAAACUAAUAAACAUUAAAUAUUCUCGUUUUUAUUUGAAAUUCAGUAAUUAUAGGCCUUUUAGGCAAGUUCUUUGAAAACCUGUCAAAGCAUUCAAUGAUAUUUUAAUCCCGUGAAUUAGCAGUGAAAUGAUUUCAUAAAUAAAUUCAAUAUGUUUACAUACAUACAUAUAAUGUAAACAUGACUUUUCUUGUUUUUAGCGUGCAUUUCUCACGCAAUAGUUUCUUUAUAAGCAGGAUGCAUUUCAAUUCUAAACACAGUCAACAUGAACCUCUUUAGUCAGAUUUUCAUUCAGCUCGUCAGUGUGAGCCUGGGGCUAUGUACUGCACAAAACACAGUGUACGGUUCAAGCCCGUACACCAAUACUACGUUAUCAAGAAUCCAACAUGGACGAUACAAGAGAGCAUUUAAUAACCUCUCUCCUCUAACAUUAAGCUCCUCGUUUUCUCUAACAAUACCGUUAACUGAUCUAGCCACUAGUCUAACAGCAACAGUUCCUUUUAGUUUCAACUUCCCUACCGCUUCUACUGCUUCAGGAAGGUCCCUGGGUCUUUAUGAUUAUGGAGAUGAAUAUGAAGGAAGAAGUUUCGGUUCAAUCCCAACAAUGGCGGCUCAGAGAAAGGGUAUCUUCGACAGCAUUGAAAGUUACUUGAACAGAUUUGGAGGUGUCAAUGGAGCUUCCUGCCUUGAGCGCGCGAUCUGUGAAGUUGCCGCAACUCCUGAUCAUGAUGAUGGAAUACUAGGGGAUGCUAUGAACCUGCUGCUGAAGGUGGAUAAGGAAGCAUAUGCAGAACAUCCACAAUAUGCGCAUGCGCAGCAGAAGGGAGAGAUUGGCGGUGAUUGCUCUGAAUUCCACCGGGUGUGUCCUGUCUCCAUCUUUAGUAUCAUUGAUACUUUCCAGUCAGUUUAAACACCACAUAGAUACAGAUUGACGAAAACAAAAUGUUAAUCUCACCGACAUAAAGAAAUGACGUAGGACAGAUACGCUUGAGAGCUCCUUAUUGAAAGACUAAAGACAAGAAUGGACAACCUGGAAACCUGUACAUACUCAGCAUAGACAACCCCGACAAUUUAAUUUUAAGAAAAAUCGUUUAUUGUUAAAUAUGUCAUGUUUUAUUGUUAUUUGUUAUUUUUGCACUUGUU